GGAUCACAGCCUGACCCUGUUAGUGUCUUGGGCGACACACAGACACACUUGCUGUCUUCCUGCUGUCUUCGACACUCUGAGAAACUUGUUGUCUUCCCCAGACAACGGGAGUCACCAAUGAAGAAAAAUGGGAUAAGAAAAAAACACGAUAACAGAAAACACAGUUUAUGUAAGAAUGUAAAUGAAUAUUUGCCCUUGUUCUGGGAGACCGGAGUCACAGUAUCCGAGAAUCUCUCGAAGCUCAUAUUAUACCAGUUCAUGAAAUCCUGAGAGAAUAAACACGUGUGGUACUUAAUUGAGUUUAAAAGCAAAUUCAAUUCAACGCAUAUAAAAAAUCGUGCGAGUUUUUUGGAAAUUAGACACGAAACUUCAAGUUAUAAAAGUGUUAAUAGUUGUUGUCAGUUCUUUCAUGUAUAAAGGAUAUAUGCACCCGCACGGAAAGAAAUUUUGCAAGUCGUUUUAAUCAAUUUUUAUAAUCUAAAGAGGUGUAUGUGAGAGACCAGGAGCUAAUAGCAUCAUGACAGUCUCGGGAGAGGAGAUGAGAGGUCUAACCUCCACCGCAAGAGACACACUAGAACCACUGGUCACUUCAAUCAGUGUUUUGGGGCGAGAGAGAAACAUGUCAGCUUUCUUGUCUAGCACAGAGGUAUCUUUGGGGAUUCAAGGAUCUCCUGAGUCAGCUGUCUCGACGGAUGCUCCACAAGGAAAGACGACCCAUGUUAACGACAACACCGACUUCUUCACCUACCUCAGCGAGCAGGCAUCAGCUGUGACGAACCAAGUCACUUUCAACCUGGAAACUGGACAGAGCUCUGCUGCCAACACUUAUCACCUCCUCAACCACACUAACACCACCUUCUUCUCCUUGGAUCAACUCGACUAUGACUAUCUGGAUAACUUGAACGACUCACUGGGUUCCAAUUACAGCGACUACGAACUGUCCCUGGACGACCUGCUGUACCGUCACUCCUUCAACACUGGGGCGCUGCUCUGUAUCAGCUACGUUAUCGUCUUCAUCCUUGGACUGGUGGGCAACUGCUUCGUAAUCGCUGUCGUCUUCAGGACUCCGCGCAUGCGCACUCCCACCAACUACUUCAUCGUCAACCUGGCCUUCGCUGAUGUGUUGGUCAUCGUCUUCUGCCUGCCAGCCACGCUCCUCUCCAACAUCUUCUACCGUGAGUAG